AAGGAUUUGGAGACAUCAGAUCCACAAGCCCCAAUGUCUUUAAAAGGAUCAGCCUGGAGAAUAAGGCUCACUUGAGAGCUGUGACAUUCACCUUGAUUCUAGUGAAAAUCUAGCAGCCACUCCUCUUGGCCUCCAGCUGGACACCAUGAGGGCCUGUGUUCCCCUGAUAGUGGCUGUGCUCUACAGUCUGGCUUGGGCUGGAAAAAUGAAUUCUUGUGCAUCUCGCUGCAAUGAAAAAUUUAACCGGGAUGCUGCCUGCCAGUGUGACCACCGGUGUCAUCGGCAUGGGGACUGCUGUGAAGACUAUGAACAUCUGUGUACUGAGAACCCCAAAGAGUCGGAUCCAUUCCUGGAGCUGGAGGAAGAGACAGAAGAGGCCCUUGCCAACAACUUGUACUCGGCACCCACCUCCUGCCAGGGGCGCUGCAGGGAAGCCUUUGACAAGCACCACCCAUGCCACUGCAAUGCCCGCUGCCAAGAGUUUGGGAACUGCUGCAAGGAUUUCGAGAACCUGUGUGGCAACCAUGAGGGCUUCUCCCACAGCCGGGAUGCCAUAAACAAAGAGGAGCUUCAGAGCAUCUCAGAGAAGAUCUACAGGGCAGACACCAACAAAGCCCAGAAGGAAGACAUCAUUCUCAACAGUCAAAAGUGCAUCUCUCCCUCGGACACCAGAGACCAAGUGGACCGUUGCCCAGAGCCACUGUUCACCUUUGUCAAUGAGAAGCUGUUCUCCAAGUCCACUUACAAAGCCUUCAUCAAUCUCCUCAACAACUACCAACGGGCAACAGGCCAUGGGGAGCAUUUCAGUGCCCAGCAGCUGGCUGAGCAGGACACCUUCCUCAGAGAGGUCAUGAAGACAGCAGUCAUGAAGGAACUUUACAGCUUUCUCCAUCACCAGAACCGCUAUGCCUCAGAACAAGAGUUUGUUGAUGACUUGAAGAACAUGUGGUUUGGGUUGUAUUCAAGAGGAAAUGAAGAGGGGGACUCCAGUGGCUUUGAACACGUCUUCUCAGGUGAGGUCAAAAAAGGCAAGGUCACUGGCUUCCAUAACUGGAUCCGCUUCUACCUGCAGGAGAAGGAGGGCCUGGUGGACUAUUACAGUUACAUCUAUGAUGGGCCUUGGGAGUCUUACCCUGAUGUGCUGGCCAUGCAGUUCAACUGGGACGGCUACUAUAAGGAAGUGGGCUCAGCGUUCAUUGGCAGCAGCCCUGAGUUCGAGUUUGCGCUCUACUCCCUGUGCUUUGUCGCCAGGCCGGGCAAAGUGUGCCAGUUAAGCCUGGGUGGAUAUCCUCUGGCCAUUCAGACCUAUACCUGGGAUAAGUCCACCUAUGGAAAUGGCAAGAAGUACAUCGCCACAGCCUACAUAGUGUCUUCCACCCAAUAGAACUUUGAACCAGAAAGGAGCAUGAGGGCAGAAAGGGCUUUUGCAAGACUGAGGUGUUAUCUGUUCUGGACUGAAGAGGGGAGGGAGACUAGGAGAGAUCCCCAAAUC